AUGGUGCAGCACAGGCUCAGCAGAAAUGGGCCCGUGAGUCGCGAGAUUGCCGCCACAAUCACCAGAAUGGACUGUGGCCCUGAGAUCCCAAGUGUCUGGAAUCAACUGGACCGCUAUGUGACGAGUGACCGCGAGCGCGUGGCACUGGAGGCGAAUGAUCUUGCCGAUCGCCUCUUCAAUGCCCAGGUUGGACUGGCGGAAGCGGUGUACCGCUGCGAAUGGGAUGAGGACAGUGCCCCAAUGCUCUCCAUUCUGUUGCUGGCCCGCGUGCUAGUGCUCGCAGAGGCUGAGAAUGUCGUCACUGGGAUUUCCCCAAUGCAGAAUGAUCCGAAUGCUUGCAUGAUCGAAACAAGCUGGGUCACAAUGACGAAAGCCGAGCGACUGUUCCUCACCAAACGGGACUGGCACGAACGGGUUGGAGAAGGCACUGCCGAAUGGAGAUUGUCCUUGAAUCUGAAUGCGGCUUCGUUUGCUUCAAAAGCUAUUGUGCGAAUGCCUUUGAUUGAUCCAGUGUGCAUCCGCAAUGCGAAGCCACUGUUCACACCUCGACGAGAUGUGGGAGUGGGGAAUGAGCUCCACGAUGAAUGGUUGCAAAUUUAUCGAGUGGCGACUGAUGGGCCGCACACUGGUGCCACUGGUGCAAGCCCAUGGUGCCUCACUGGCCCAAUGAGACUGAUGAUGAUGGCGACGUGGCCGCCUGCAAUGCUCCGGUUCCAGCGAAGAGCUGCCUCAGUGCAUGCGAUUGCCCAAGUUGCGAGUGCUCUGGAGCCCGGUGCCGAGAUUGUCCUGCGGAAGAAUGCCGAUGAGAUCGCACUGAGCCGGCGAUUGAAUUGA